AUGCUGCUCAGUCAGAUUCGACUCGUCAGUCAGAUGUAUGAUCUCCGACAUGCUACAGGAUACUGUGCUCAUCUCGAUGUCAUCUCCGCACAAGACAAGGAGAUUAAAUCCUUCGUCGAAGGAGAGCUCAAUCGCCGGACUGCAACAAUGAACCUGGACGAAGCAAUUAGGAAGCACAUCCAGGAUGUCAUAGUUCACGGUGCUCAGGGAAUGCAUCUGUGGGUUGUGCUGCAACUUAAUGCCUUGUUUCCCCUGUACGGCGACACUUUAAUUGUCAUAGGUGACUUUGUUAACUUCCUUGAUCGAUUGCCUAGUAGGUUGUCUGAAUCAUUUGAGGAAGCCCUCGGAAAUAUCCAAGACGAUCGCUAUGGAAGUCGAAUAUUCGAAUUAGUCGCCGCGGUUAUACGCCCGCUGACGAAGAAUGAGUUGCGAAGUGCACUAAAUUUCGAACCUGGAGUACCAUUAUGGAAUGAUUCCACCCUCCUGUUACAUGUUAAUGCCAUGGUGUACCAGUUGUGGCGGUGGACUCCUAUACUUAUAGCUCCCUAA